AACGCGGCAUUGAUGGCCGUCUUGCCAGUGCCCAAACCGCCCUCAUGCUCCAGGAGGAGACAAUCCGACGCAAUGAGCGCAAAAGGAAAGCUAUGGCUGACAAGAUCAGUGGCUUGGAGCGUACUGUUGCUGCCAAGGAGUCUUAACAAAGACAGACACAGGAGAGGAUUGCCAAGAUGAGACAACAGGAGGGCCGUCUUGAAGAUGAGAAGAAGAAUCUACGUAAUGCUCUGGAGGAGGCUGACAACACGCCUAGAACUGGCCCGCAGAUCUGCUGAGGGUGAAUUACAGAGAAUGAAGCUGGCACUGAAUGACAAGGACACUGAAAACCAGGUUCUACAAAACCGUGUGGAAUCCCUGACCAAGAAUAUCCAGGAUCUGGAAGGCAAGGCACAGUCCCUACAGCUGACUAUUGACAGACUGAGCUCCGCCCUCACCAGGACCGAGGAAGAGGAAAACCAACAGAAAGAAAAGGUUCAUCAUUUGAACUCUUCAUUGUCCGACAACCAGGCCACUAUUGCGGAACUUGAGGAACGCCUCACUCACCUCCAGAGGGCGCUAACUAGUAGUGAGCAUGAUCGUAGAAUAUUGCAGGAACGUCUUGAUACUACCAGACAAGCUUUGAAUGAGGCAAAGAAACAGAACCACAGUCUCCUGGAACGAGUCCAGAGCAUGCAGAGUGAGCUAAGUGAGGCUGAAGUAAACAGAUCCGAGCUUGACGGACAGAUCAGACAGGGUCAUAGUGUGCUUCUACAGAGACAAGAAGCUGAGCAGGAUUUGACGAUGAAGAUUGAAAAAUUACAGGCAGAGAGGUCCAGCCUCCAGGAACGAGUUCAGGCCCUCCAGCGUGCCCUCGCUACCCUCGAAACCGAGAAGCGCGAGACUGAACGAGAUCAAAUCAGGCUCGAGAAAGAUAAGUCCGCUCUGCAAAAAACUCUUGACAAGGUUGAACGUGAAAAGUUGAGGUCAGAGGAGCUUGCCAGCAAAACUGUUAUGGAACGUACCAGCCUGGACCGCAGUCUCUGCAAGGUUGAAGAAGACAACGCUGACCUAGCAACCAAGGUUCAAAACCUGCAGGCCCAACUGGCCGAGGCAGAGCAGCAACAUGCACAAAGUGUUGAUGAAAUUGAAAAGAAGCAUUUUGCUAGGUAUCAGGUUUGGUCAAGUAUGCUGUAUGUAUCUGAUGCAGUCUAAAAUGUGUUAGAAAAAAAAAGUAUUUUGAUAGAAACUAAAAAAACAA